AUGGAGCCUACAUAUUCUCUUGCAGGGCCCCAGAUGAAUACCAGGUUUCCUUCAAGCAGGAUGGUACCUUUCUACUUUCCUCCAUCAAAAUGUGCACUUUGGAACCCAAUCGCAAUUGGAGAUUUCAUCUACUUACAUCUCAAUUACUACAGAAAUCCAAAGCUUGUGGUAACUGAAAGGACCAUCCGACUUGCCUGUCGUCAUGCUAAGCAGAAUAAAAAAAACCUGCCAUGCUUUUUACUUGGGUCUCUUGUAGUAGAUGAAGAUGAAGAAAGUAUGACAUUGACAAUAGAUCGUUUUGAUCCUGGUAGAGGAGUACCUGAAUGCUUAGAAAGAACCCCUACUGCUUUUCUUCCUGGGGACUUUGUGAUUCCAUGCAAAAUUCAUACUCAUGGACUUUGUUCAAAAGAAAUAAUAGUUCAUGAUGCAGAUGACUUCAGUUCAGCUUUUAAGGCUCUGCAGCAUCAUGUGUGUAGCAAAGAUUUCUUGGACUGUGCUCUGGCAAGAAACUUGAGUAGUAAUCUGAGUAUUUCUCAAGUUCAAGGUACCUAUAAAUAUGGGUAUCUUACCAUGGAUGAAACACGCAAAUUGUUACUUUUGCUGGAAUCGGAUCCCAAGGUUUGUUCUCUACCAUUAGUGGGAAUUUGGCUAUCUGGAAUUAUACAUAUCUAUAGUCCUCAGGUAUGGGCUUGCUGCUUACGAUACAUGUUCAGUUCUUCUAUUCAAGAAAGGGUUUUUUCAGAAUCUGGAAAUUUCAUUAUAGUUCUCUAUUCUGUGACACAUAAGGAUCCUGAAUUUUAUGAAUGCCUCCCCUGUGAUGGCAGGUCAUCUGACCUUCAGUUCCAGCUACUAACCAGCAAGGAAACAUUACAUCUUUUCAAAUUAUUUAGCAGCUCUUCUCCAAUGGUGAGAAAAAAACCUGAUGUGCCUGUGUUCUUUCCGAAAUCCGAGCUGGCAGAAAAUGUAAGCAUGUGCUUACAGAGUGGACCAACAGAGGGUGCCAGUAACAACUCUGUAACGUCAGGGGAACCAAAAAUUGAGCAAGUAAUGCAACCCUUGCCUAAUCAACCAUCAGAUAAUCAGAAAAUAUACCAGGAUUUAUUGAGUCAAGUGAACCACCUACUGAAUAACUCCUCCAAAGAAAAUGAGCAGCCAUCUACCAAAGCAGUAAUUAUCAGCCACGAAUGCACCAGAACACAAAAUGUUUACCAUAGAAAGAAAAAAAAAAGUGAUUCAGGUCUGGUAGACAAAGAUUGUGUACUUAAUGCAACUCUUAAACAACUCAGAAGCCUUGGAGUAAAAAUUGACUCUCCCACUAAAGUGAAUAAAAAUGCACAUAAAGUGGAUCACGCCAGUGUGUUAGCAUGCAUCAGCCCUGAAGCAGUGAUUUCUGGAUUAAACUACAUGUCAUUUGCUAAUGUUGGCAUGAGUGGCUUAAGCCCCAGCGGUGUGGAUUUGAGCAUGGAGGCAAAUGCUAUAGCUCUGAAAUAUUUAAAUGAAAGUCAGCUGUCACAACUAUCUCUCACUCGAUCAAACCAAAAUAACUGUGACUCAUCUUUUAGCCUUCUACAUAUUAAUACAGACAGAAGCACAGUGGGGCUUAGUUUAAUUUCACCAAACAACAUGUCAUUUGCAACCAAAAAAUAUAUGAAAAGAUACGGACUCAUACAAAGCAGCGAUAACAGUGAAGAUGAAGAGGAGCCUCCAAACAAUACAGAUAGCAAGAGUGAACAUUUAUUGAAUCAAAACCUUAUAUCCAUACCUGAACAAUUUGACUGUCAGAAAGAGCCUUCUAGGAAUGCCUGUGAGAUAAUUAAUCGUUAUAACUGUGAAUCCGUGAGCACCCACACAGACACACCAGUACUGAGAAAUAUUACAAAUGAAGUUGUUCAGCCAAAAGCAACUCAGCAAUUGAAUGAAAACCCAGCUUUCUUAUUAAAAAACCUUAAACCAAGUCCUGCAAUGAACCUCCGAACUGGAAAAGCAGAGUUUACCCAACAUCCUGAGAAAGAAAAUGAAAGGGACACUCCAAUUCUUCCUGAAAGUUUGAAACCUGAAACUUUAAAGCAAAUGAGUAGUAUGAAUUCAGUAGGCACCUUCUUAGAUGUAAAGCGGCUCAGACAGUUGCCAAAAUUAUUUUAAACCUUAAACUCACACCCUCCUGUUAUGAGGAUGGGGUGUCUCUUGAAGAGACUUAGGGAAGCCAGAGCCUUUGGUAGUUGGGGGAUGCCUAAGCAUCCUAGGGGCCAGUCUGUUUUUGGUAGCAGCUGAUUGUGAAGAGCUGAGCAGGUGACCUGAUGAUGGUCUGUGAGUUGGUGCACUUGUAGAGGAGGGUGAAGUGCUCUGUUCAAGUAGAGCUUGUUCAGCAUCCCUGCAGUCUUUUUUAAACAAAUCCUGAGAUCAGUUAUUUUGACAAAUUUAGGUAAACCGGGACUAUCCAACUCUGAAUCUGAACUGCCCUUUUAUGCUGGAAAUUGUGAAAAGUAACUCCAUUUUCCUAGCAUGUUGCAUCUCUGCAUCUACCCAGGAUCACCUGAAAUAAUGUAAAAUAAACUUAUCAUGACCCUGACUAAAUCAGCUAAAUCAACCCUUAUUGAAUUUAAGGGGAAAGUUUUAUUUUUAAAAAUAACUUUAAGAUCUUUUAUACAAUGAGUAUAGAUGUUCUCUUAAUUAAGAUGCACAUUUGUUAAAUUCUGUGGAAGUAAAGCUUUUGCAGUCUGGUGGGUUGAUGUUAAUGUAACAUUUUUAGCUUAUAGCACUAGCUAUCACAAAAUAAGAAAAUGAUUGAGUAUGAGUGUGUUUUAUAAACUGAGUAUUUCAAGUGUUUUCA